AUUAAUAUGUUUCAAUAUUUUAUGUUUAAUAAAUACAUAGUGCACCUUAAGACUUCUCAUAUCUAGUUAGAGCACAUGAAGAAUUAGUGUACUCCUGUAGGGUUUGCGCACAUAAGUCCUACAGGAGUACACUAAUUCUCCAUGUGCGCUAACUUUAUGUUUUUUGAAUCAGGUCUUGACAUGUAUAGAGUCCCUCACAUUUAUUUUUUAAUAGAUUCUAAAGUACCAUUAUUUGGUAUGAAGCCUUGAAAAGUUGCAUUUGCAAUCAGACCAAAAAUAGAUACAGAGAGGAUUACACAUCUGAUGGAACAGCUAUACUUGAACUUGUAACACACUCUUAGUGGAGUACACCAAAAUUUCCAUUUAUGAAGCAAAAUUAGGUAUGUCAGGAUUUGUGCUGACUAUAAAUGUAUAAUUAGCAAAGCAGUACAAGAACAUCCCUGCAAAGUUGAAAAUAAAAAUGUUAAUGCUUUUUUUUUUGUCAAAUUGGCUAUGGCACAAGCAUACUAGCAGCUACUUGUGGAUGACGAGGUUGCUGAUGCACAAACAAUAAUAAUGCACAAAGGGCGUUUUAAGCAAAAUGUUUGCAGUUUGGAGAAUCCAUUGCUCAAGGCAUAGUUCAGAAAGUAAUAGAGGACCUCCUAUCAGUACUUCCAGGUGUGGUACCCUAUUUUGAUGAUGUCCUAAUUGAAGCAGAUUGCAUACAGUCAUUAGCCACACAAUUGCAACUUGUUUUAAAGAGCUUUUUGAUGUUGGUCUAAAAUUUAAAAAAGUGUGUUUUUGGUGUCACCAGCGUAGAUGUUCUAGGUUACAGAACUGAUACUAAAUUAAACUGAUUUGAAGGCCAAAGCUAUCGAUAAAGCUUCAGUUUCAACAAAUAAACAAGAACUUCAAGCAAGGGUUACCUAAUUUAAACUUGUUUAUACCUGAUAAAGCCACUGUUGCUGAACCUCUUCAUCUUCUACUAGAUAUAGAUGCCAUGUAGAAAUGGACACACAUUCAUAAUAAAGAUUUCAAUAAUGGAAAGAAACUGUUAUGAUUUGGAAAAAGCUUGGCUAGACAUCCUGUGCCAGGAGAAGACAUUUUCACCCUCCCCCUUGGUUGAAUAAGUGCCUUCACACUAUGGGAGUAAAAAUUAAAAUACUGGGUAUUUUGCACCCCAGUUCAACCUAAAGUAGUAAAAGCCACACUACUUUGUAUGUAUAGAGAAAGAGGAUUUUUAUUUUAAUCCUGAGAAAAAUAAACAUAGUAUUUUAUUUUAAGUUAAAGUUCUCAAACUACAUAAUACAGGGGACUAUAAAAAAAUAUUUUAGCUACUUUCAACAAAAUUAGAAUCUUUUCUCACAAACGGUAUCUACUGUAUAAUAGUGAUGUGAAGCUAUACAUUGUGUGGAUUCAUGUGCAAAUAAAACAAUACACUUUUUUGUUUAUGAUAACUAAAAUAGUUUAAAAUAUGAAAUAGCGAUUACUAAAAUCUAGUUUCUAUAACAACUAUAGACACAUACUUUAGUUUAUUUGUACAUAAAAAAUAAAUGUAAAAAAAUAAGAUUCUUGAUUAACAUUUGUAGUAUGCUAAAAAUCAUUAUCCCAAUUUAAUUUGUUUUCUUAAUUUUUUUUAAAAAAAUUUGGAAAGAUUAUUUUAAUACAGAGUAUGUCUGAUAAACCAUAGUACUUUGAUUUUACUGGAUAAAAAUAUGAAUUGCAGUUUACAUCUCCCAAGACCACAUAGGAUAAACUUCUGAUUACUAAAUUAUACAUAUACUGUAUCAAGACACGAUAAAGGGACAUGAAACCCAAUGUUUUUUGUUUCAUGGGUCGGACAGAGAAUAACAUUUUAAAAAAAGUUUUCAAUUUACUUCUAUUAUAAAAUUUGCUUUGUUGAAGAAAUAUCUAGAUAGGUAGCGUGCACAAGUCUGGAGAACUACAUGACAGGAAAUAGUGCUGCCCUCUAGUGCUCUUGCUAAUGCAUGAAAUGGUUUAAAAACUGUUGCUAUAUAGUACUGCAGACACGUGCACGCUCCUGAACUUACCUUCCUGCUUUUCAAUAAAGGAUAACAAGAAAAUUAUUUUUUUUUUUUAAAUAUUGUAUGCUCUAUCUGAAUCAUGUCCCUUUAACAAGAGGGCUAUCUAACAUAUUUAUAGAAGCUCAAAAACCCACUAAACAAAUGUUUUUACACAGUGUAAUUUUUUUUUUUACUCAUGUUCUCUGUACUGACCUUGGUUCAAAGUUCAUUAAGAUAUUAUCAAGUAAUCGAUAUUCUCCCAUAUAAAAGGGACCAAGUUCGGAAUCGUCCCUUUUUGGUGUAAUCUGCUCAAUUACCUAUUGAAGAGCUAAGCCUGUGACAAACACAGUUACUAGAAACAGAACUACCAGGAAACCAACUAAAAUCAGCCAAUAAAAAAUAUGAUUCAGUACUUAUGGACUGUUACAGUCAUAGCAGCAUUCCUGUUGGGGUUUGUUUCCCAUGGUCAGUCAGAAACCUGCUCUGUUGUACAAGGACUUCCUGGUCUCAAUGGUAGGGAUGGUAGAGAUGGAUUCAAAGGGGAACCAGGUCCAACUGGAGCAGUAGGGGUAAGAGGUAUUGCUGGCGCUCCUGGGAAACAAGGGCCAAAGGGAGAAAGAGGAACUGAUGGUGCCCCAGGAAAAAUUGGCACUCAAGGACUUUUGGGCCAAAAGGGGGAAAAGGGUGACAGUGCAGUGUCAGCAUUGGAAGCGCUUAAACGACAAGUAGAAUCUAUCAGUGGACAGCUGAACAGUAUGCAACAAAGCCUGUUAGCUCAGAAAAAAGCUAUGCUCUUUUCUAGAGGGUCGAGUACUGCUGGGAAGUUCUUUGUUACAAAUGGUGUGGAAGCCAAAUAUAAUGACGCAAAAUCAACUUGCUCCAGUGCUGGAGGUCAACUGGCUUCACCACGGAAUGUAGAAGAAAACCAAGCGGUGUUAUCGAUAAUUUUGCUUUACAACAAGGCACCAUUCCUUGGUAUUAAUGAUAUACAAACAGAAGGCAGCUUUAGAUACCCAACUGGUGAAGUAAUUAGUUACAAUAACUGGAAUACUGGGGAACCUAACAACAGCAAUGGUGUGGAAGAUUGCGUUGAAAUGUUUCCAAAUGGAAAAUGGAAUGAUAAGAAUUGUGAAGAAAAACGUCUGGUCAUAUGUGAAUUUUCCUAAUAGUUAUGUUGUAAAGUUACAAUAAAACAGGAAGUGACUGAC